AUGAGUGAAAGAUAUAGUCAUAUUAUUCAAGCAUUAGGUCAAUCAACAUUUGAUAAAAUUCAAACAUGUAAAAUAUUAGUUGUUGGUGCUGGUGGUAUUGGUUGUGAAUUAUUAAAAAAUUUAGUAUUAACUGGUUUUAAAAAUAUUGAUAUAAUUGAUUUAGAUACAAUUGAUAUUAGUAAUUUAAAUAGACAAUUUUUAUUUAGAAAACAACAUAUUGGUAUGUCAAAAGCAAAGAUAGCAAAAGAAUCAGUAAUGAAAUAUAAUGAACAAGUGAAUAUAACGGCACAUCAUGGUGAUGUUAAAUCUAGUGAAUUUGGUAGUGAAUUUUUUAAACAGUUUGAUUUGGUAAUGAAUGCAUUGGAUAAUAUUAGUGCACGUAGACAUGUCAAUAGAUUAUGUUUAUCAGUGGAUGUACCAAUGAUUGAGAGUGGUACAGCAGGUUAUUUAGGACAAGUUAGUGUAAUAAGAAAGGGUAAAACCGAAUGUUUCGAAUGUCAACCAAUUGCAGUACCAAAACAAUUUGCAGUUUGUACAAUUAGAACUAACCCAUCUGCACCAAUUCAUUGUAUAGUUUGGGCUAAAAUGUUAUUUGGUAAAUUGUUUGGUCCAAAGGAUGAUGAUGGUGGUGGUGAUUCAUCAUCGUUGACUGAUUUAGACAAUAAUAUAAUUCAUGGCACUGAGGAAUUGGGUAAUAUUAAAAGGGAUGAACAAUUAUUGAUAGAGAAGGAAAAGGGUUUCAAACGUUGGGUAUUUCAUAAGAUAUUUCAUACAGAUAUAGAAACAUUAAUUCAUAUGCCCGAUUUAUGGAAAGAUAAACAACCACCAACUUCAUUGAAAUUGGAUGAGAUUUUAAGUUCAAAAGAGGUCUCUCAAGCAGAGGAAGAAGGUGAUCAAUUGAUAUUUAAAUUACCUGACCAAAAACAAUGGACUUUCAAAGAGAAUGUUGAGGUGUUUUUAGAUUGUUUAGAAAAGUUGAAACAACAAUUCGAUCAGUCCAACUCAAAGCCAAUGACAUGGGAUAAAGAUGAUGAAUUGGCAUUGAGUUUUGUUUGUUCCGCUUCGAAUAUUCGUUCAAAGAUAUUUGGUAUACCAAUGAAGAGUAGAUUCGAUGUUAAAUCAAUGGCUGGCAAUAUUAUACCCGCAAUUGCAACUACCAAUGCUGUAAUUGGUGGUUUAAUAGUUAUGGAGGCAAUCAAAGUGGUCGAUGGUAGAUUCGAUCAAUGUCUUUCCACUUACCUCUAUCAAUUACCCUCGGGUAAGAGAUUACUAAUGCCAACUCAAUUAGAACCUCAAAAUCCAAAAUGUUUUGUUUGUAAUCGUUCUUUCAUCAUUUGUCGUUUAAAUACUGAAAAAACUACAAUCUCUCAAUUCAUUGAUCAUGUUUUAAAGAAAUCUUUGGCUGUAAAUGAACCAAUUCUAACCGUUGGUAAUGAUAUAAUCUAUGAAGGUGGUGAUCAAGAUCUAUCAAAAGAAGAGAUUGAACAACGUUCAAAAAUCGAAAAGAAAACUUUAGCAACUCAUCGUUUAACAAAUGAUACCUCACUUGUUGUAGAGGAUUAUAAUCAAGAUUUUCAAAUAACAAUCACUAUUCAACAUACUACAGAUUUCGAUGAAGAUACUAAAAAAUUAAAAAAACAACAACAAAAAGAAAAAGAUCAAAAAGAAGGUAAAACUACUACAAUUGAAAAAGAAGAAGAUGAUAAAUUCUUUGAAAUUAUUGGUAAAACUUCUCAAACAACAACAACAACAACAACCACAACAACAACUACAGAAUCUGACAAUAAUAGUAAUAAUAAUAAAAAUAAUAAUAAUAAUAAUGAUGUUGAAGAGGAUGAUGGUUUUAUGUUUAUUGAAGACCAACCAUCAUCCACAACUACUUCAUCUGCAACACCAUCAAUUAGUAAGAAGAGAAAAGAAAUUGAUACAAAUGAAUCUGAAGAUUUAGAUUCCUCUAAAAAAUUAAAAUCAAAUUUACAAGACUAA